GUCAGCUCAAGGUCGCCCCAAGGUUCUUUCUGCCUCGAGCUCAGAUACGUCCGCGGGAUGGUCCGCGCGCUUCUGGAGCUGGUGGUUUCCCUGGGCUGUUUGAAAUGAAUUCUUCAGGGAAAGAGGAGCAGGAAUUAUUGGCCAAGCUUGAAGAGCAAAACAGGUAUUGUCUAUCCCAUCUUACAUUGGCUCCAAGAACUUUUCUAUCGGACGCGAAAGCUGUGACGGCUCUACCAAAUCGGCGACGGGAGGGCAGUUUAUCAAGCUCUAUUUCGACAGAGUCCUCCAGUGACGGUUUAAAAGCUCGUCCAUCAGAUGAUUCUACAUCUGUUUCCACUCGAUCAGGUCCACUCUCUGUGGGUAUGCUGUGGGUAAACAAUGUCCUCCCGCCAUCCACUAGCCUUUUGGAACAAUGGGGAUGUGUUGUUAAAAACUGGGAUCAGUUCAGCAAAAAGCGAUCUUUCGUCGCGGACCUUAUUCGUAAAGGCCUACCGGAUGAAUUUCGUCCUCUCGUCUGGCGAUUGUACACCGGUGCCUACGAUUCCACUGCCAGGAAAUUGUACGAUGGCUACCUUGAAGUAGAGUCCCCGGUGGAGAAUGCCAUCCGUCGAGACAUUGCUCGCACGUUUCCGAAACACGAACUUUUCAAGGAUGAGAACGGCUCUGGACAAGAACGCCUAUUCCGUGUGAUCAAAGCCUAUUCGGUUCACGAUCGGGAGGUUGGCUAUUGUCAAGGGUCUGGAUUUAUCACCGGUCUACUGCUGAUGCAACUACCCGAGCUGGAUGCAUUCGCCGUACUGGUGCAAUUAAUGAACGAAUAUCGGCUCCGAGAAAUAUAUAAACCAGCCAUGGUCGAACUGGGCGUGUGCAUGUAUCAACUGGAACAGCUACUGGCCGAGCACCUACCCGAGAUCUAUACUCAUUUCGUAUCGCACUCCUUCGCUCCGAGUCUUUAUGCGUCCGCCUGGUUCCUUACCCUAUUCUCUACCGUCCUCCCGAUCACCAUGGCAACCCGAGUGAUGGACUUUUUCAUUAUCGAGGGCAUGAACUUCAUUUUUCGUCUGGCUUUGUCGUUGCUCAAAUUCUCCGCCGAAAAACUUCUUGCUUCUGAUAUGGAAACCAUGGUGGUGUAUCUCCAAAACGAAGGUCCCACUCAGUGGGAACAAAAUGCCUCGGCCAUCUUUGAAGCCGCGAACGCGAUUAAACUCAAUCCGAAGAAAAUGAAAAACUACUAUAUUCAUCUGUCUUCUGCACUGUUCCUCAGACUAGAGAAGGAAUACUUGCAAAUGCGCAGUCAAGAACGGGAGGAUCAAAUCGAACUUCGGCGGUUACGCACGGAGAACGGACUUUUGCUUCAACGGAUAGCCCGUUUGGAAGAGGAAUGUGCAUCUGUGGCAGACCGUCUAGUGCAGUCCCAAUUGAUUCGUGCGCAAGAAUCGGAGGCGUUGCUCGCACUGCGAUGUGAAUUGUCCAUACUACGGCGAACUCAUAUGAAACCAACUGCCGGCACACCUGCUUCCGUGGGCCAGAAUGGAGAAACUUCUGAGGAGAACUGUGAUUCCGGUGAUGAGAAGACCGAAUUUCGGGAUCAGUCAACGGAUUCGCACAACAGUGAACCUCAUUCCGUCUCACUCACAGAAUUGACGGGUGAUUUCGGAGUGCUGAGGAUAAACGGAACCUCUGAACCCGUUGAGACAGUUGCCUCCUUCGUCAAUGGUCCUUGUUCACCUACUGAGCGUGGCUCACGCGAGCCCUCUGUUGCCGAGCUUGAGGUGCGCGACCAACACCCUACCUAUCCAUGUUUGCCGCCGUCACUGAGUAGCCAAGCCACGGGCACAGUCAACCCACCCGAAGUCGUCAGCUAUUCUCAAGCAAGACAUGCGAUGCUCCCUCGGCAGGCGAUCGGUUUCACACCCAAAGGUGGUGACACGCUUGCCGUAACCACGCUGCACACUCUCCAAUCCGAUCUCACAUUGUGUCGAGCUCGUGAAGCCGACGCCAAAUCCGCUCUUUCAGAUCUGAAAAUUCGUUAUCAUGAGUUAGAAGAGUUGAAAACCGAUCAAGCCACUCGAUCUUCCGAACAAAUGGCCGUUUUGAAAGACGAACUGUUCACUGUCAAAUUGCGCGAGACCGAAUCCCUCACGAGAUUGGAUGAGAUGAGGCAACGGUUGGCUGAGAUCGAAGCUCUAUGGCAGGCACAUUCUUCGCGAUGCAAGGCAUCCACGAGCGAUGGGAAACGCACUUCUCUUUUGUUGGGAUCGUUUGGUCAGUCUGGCAGUAGUGAUGCUCGAAAGCUUUCGGACAGCAUUCUUGAGGCCCGUUAUCUGGAUCAAAUAGCUACACUGCAGCAACAGGUUAAUGAACUCGCGGUGCAGCGCGAACUGGCCGAUCGACGUGCAGAUCGUUUGGACCAACGAAUCACAGAGCUUCUCGAAGCACGUAGUGCCGCGGGCGCCCGGGAACAUGAACUGCGGUCCGAGUUGAAGGAAGCUGUUCGAAUGUGUGCAGAAAUUGAGGCCAAGCGGAAAUCGGACGGCCUGAUGUGGCGCAGUCGUGAGAUGGAACUAACCGCCCAGUUGACUGAGUGGCGCCAAUGUCAGUUGCAACUGGAAUGUAAAUAUGAAAGUCUUCUGGCCACGCGGCACUUGCAAGCCGUUCCCCCGUCGCCAAUCUCUUGUCGUGGGGACUCAAAGUGUAACGGAUUUGGCUCAACGGAUACUAUCGACUCUGUUAAGUUGGGACAAAAUUUGGAUAACCUCCCCUCACUCAACCUAGAUCAACUCAAUGGGUCCAGUGACUCGCUGGACGUUCAAGACGACAUGCCUACCCCUGGUGAUAUACGGCAUCGUACCCUUACGGCAUCCAGUAACCCUCCUCAGUCACAUCCAAAGUCUGAAUUAAGGUCACUAUGGAAAGACCUUCCACCUACGGUGAUGACAGACUCCAUCGGUCCACUGGAAGACCUCUGCUUGGUUCCCGAUGAUCCAAUGAUAACCAGUGUGUAUCUUGGUAAUGGUACUUCAUAUGAGGACUGAUGUCAUUUCCCAAGAUAACCCGUGCCAAAGAACAGCUUCCCUGAACACAUCGGAAUGGACAGUUCUCAACCCUGGGUGGACACCCAUCCAAUGAACUCUGUCAAGUUCCAGUGUGUUUGCCUCAUACGCUGCGAAAGCAAGUCACUUCACUGUAUACAGUCGUCCCCGGUUAUCGAACUCCGCUCGACUGCACCCUUAUGUAUCCGUAGUCUCCAAACGCGUCUUUCAAUAAUUUUCCCCUCACGAGCUAACCAGUUUAUCUCUACUGAUCUCAUGAUCUUGUUCCACUCAAUGAUUUUCAAAUUCGGCUGCUCACGUUUUUCUUCCACCAUCUUCAUUCUCUUCCGUCACCUACACUCACCUAGACAACUGCGUCUCUCCCGUUUCAUCCGUCCGUACUCUGUCUUGGAAUCUGCCGCUCACCUCUCCUUUGAGUCUGAGAUAGUCAUCUGUACAGUCGAUUUGCAAACUAUUCCUCCUCUUUUCAGUGCAUUUUUACUGAGUUCCCAAGGAAUUUGGCAAGAUUUUCACCUAUAAAUGAUGCACUGUCUUCAGAUUCCAUGAGUAAACAUUAUCUUCAGCUCAAAAUCUCUG